ACCUCUCAUUUUAUAAAGGUUUCUUAACGUGUUUAUUAUUUACAUAUAUAAAUAUACAUACUUUGACUAUCCUUUUUUAUCACCGAUUAGUUUCCUUAAUGGCUAAUGUUCUUAGAACUUUUAGUAGGUGGAUUAAUACUAACAGAGUUUCUAAGGAUUCAAUCAAAAUCAAUUCUCUAUGGAAUAGAAGUCUAGCUACAGAAGCUGCUGUUUUAGAGAAAUCAUCCAAUCUUCAAGAGGCUGAUAAACUCAGUGCCCUAGAACAUGAAGAUUUUUUCAAUCUCAAACCUAGUUUCACGAUUAAACAACUGUUUGAUGCUAGGGUUCAUUUUGGGCAUAAAGAAGGUACAUUAGACCCUAAAAUGAAACCAUUCAUUUUCGGCUCAAGACUUGGACAUAUAAUAUUCGAUUUAGAUAGUACAGCUGAGUUACUAUUCGCUGCCCUUAAUUUUACAGCUCAUAUAGCUUAUAGAGAUGGUAUCAUACUUUUUGUCAGUCAAAACCCCCAAACUUCAUACCUCAUUGAGUGUACUGCAAAUGAUUGUAAAGAAUUUGCACAUACUCGAUUGUGGAGGCAAGGAACAUUUACUAAUUCUACAAUGAUUUAUGGUGCUGUGACAAGGUUACCAGAUUUAGUGAUAGUAUUAAACACCUUAACUACUGUGCUUGAACAGCAUCCGGUAAUAGCUGAAGCAGCUAAGAUGGCUAUUCCUGUCAUUGGGAUUGUAGAUUCAAACUGUAAUCCAAAUCUUAUUACAUACCCUAUCCCUGGAAAUGAUGAUACACCUACAGCUGUUGAACUUUAUUGUAAGCUUUUUAAAAAUGCCAUUCUUGCAGUGAAUACUCGAUGGUUGACCAUUAUAUUGAGUAGGGAGAUGGUCUGGGAUGGCAGUCAUAAAAAGACAGGUGAACUAAGUUCCAUCUUUUAAAUCAUAUUUUACUAUAAUAUUUUGUUCGGAAAACUGUUAAAAAGGGACAAUUGUUUUCUAAAUUCUUACCUAAGAAAAUUGAAUUGAAUUUUAAAAUCAAUUGUUACUCCAGAAAUUUGUUAUCUUAUCUUCAUGUCAUAGCAGGGAUGGUAGAAAAUGUUCAGAGGAGGUGCGUGAAGCCUCAAAAACAUGUAAAAUUACUAGAAAAAAAUUAGGGAGUGGUAGGAAAAAUGUUGAGACCACUAAAAGAAACUUCUCUAAUAUCCAAUCAAUUUACCUAUUAAUUUUCAAUACUAACUGAAUUAAGAGAGGCUGCAUCGAUGCGCAGAACAUGAAACAAAUGGCAAAAUGGAGAAAAACAGUAAUUUAAUUAAUAAUGUAAAAGGUUCCAUCUAAGAUGGUCAGAGUUGGCUUGAGCUCACAAGUCUAGGAUUUAUUUAACUUCCAACUGUACCAAUUAAAUCUUUACGCUGAAUUGCAGAACUAACUGAAAGUCCUCCUGCUUUUGAAGAUCAAGGAAUACUGUACAAUCCACCAUCAUAGGCACCAUCAAGCUCGUUCUAAACAAUGUUAACCC